GUUCUACAGUUCCUCUCCUUAUUCACUUGUUGGAAGGAUCAAGAUGAGUUUGACAGCCAAAGAUAAGGCUGUGGUCAAAGGCUUCUGGUCUAAAGUGUCUGGAAAGAGCGACGACAUAGGCCAUGAGGCUCUGGCAAGAAUGUUCGCAGCUUAUCCCCAGACCAAAACAUAUUUUCCCAAGUGGUCCGAUUACAGUCUCGGCUCUGCUGAUGUAAAGAAGCACGGGAAAACUGUGAUGGGAGCCAUAAAUGAUGCUGUGGGCAAAAUGGAUGAUCUCAUUGGUGGGCUUAGCGCCCUCAGUGACGUGCAUGCUACCAGACUGCGUGUCGACCCUUCCAAUUUUAAGAUUUUGUCCCACAACAUCCUCGUGGCUUUGGCAGUCAAUUUCCCAGGUGAUUUCACAGCCGAAGUGCACGUGGCUGUGGACAAGUUCCUCGCAGCCCUGAGCGCCGCUCUUGCUGAUAAAUACAGAUAAGACCAACGUCGAUAUUACGACUGAUGACCGAGUUGCUAUCAACAAAUAAAUAAAGGGCAAAUUCGGACAAUAAAGUGAAUUAUGGAAAUAA